AGGAUGCGAGUACUUCCGGGUCGGGCACCUAAAGGGCCAACAUGGAACCUAGCACAUCUUCGAAGCUGGCGGGGUUGCGGGGCAGUCGCUAAAACGCAGCCGCCGCCUCUCAGCAGUGUUUAACCUUUGCCGGGGCUUUCUCCCACCCCGCACUUCCCCUCUCAAGAUCUUCCUCCACUUUCCUUUCUGGCCCGGCCUGUCCCAGCGAAGCUGCCUCCGCCAUGUCGGUGCUGGGAGAAUACGAGCGACACUGCGACUCCAUCAACUCUGACUUCGGGAGCGAGUCCGGCGGCGGCGGCGGCGGCUCUGGCAGUUCAGUGUCCGGCCCCGGUUCCGGCUCGGUCGCCCGUUCCGGUGGCGGCUUCCCAGUGGAACAGGAGGAGUUGCAUUACAUCCCCAUUCGCGUCCUGGGCCGGGGCGCCUUCGGGGAGGCCACGCUGUACCGCCGCACCGAGGAUGACUCAUUGGUUGUGUGGAAGGAAGUUGAUUUGACUCGACUGUCUGAGAAAGAACGUCGUGAUGCCUUGAACGAAAUUGUUAUUCUGGCUCUGCUGCAACAUGACAACAUUAUUGCCUACUACAAUCACUUCAUGGACAACAACACUUUGCUGAUUGAGCUAGAGUAUUGUAAUGGAGGAAACCUAUAUGAUAAAAUCCUGCGUCAGAAGGACAAAUUGUUUGAGGAAGAGAUGGUGGUCUGGUACCUAUUUCAGAUUGUAUCAGCAGUGAGCUGCAUCCACAGAGCUGGGAUACUCCAUAGAGAUAUAAAAACUUUAAAUAUUUUCCUAACUAAGGCAAACCUAAUAAAACUUGGAGAUUAUGGGCUGGCAAAGAAACUUAAUUCUGAAUACUCCAUGGCUGAAACUCUUGUAGGAACCCCAUACUACAUGUCUCCAGAACUCUGCCAGGGGGUGAAGUACAACUUCAAGUCUGAUAUCUGGGCAGUAGGUUGUGUUAUUUUUGAACUGCUCACACUGAAGAGGACCUUUGAUGCAACAAAUCCUCUUAAUCUGUGUGUGAAGAUCGUGCAAGGGAUCCGGGCCAUGGAAGUUGAUUCCAGCCAAUAUUCUUUAGAGUUGAUCCAGAUGGUUCACUCGUGUCUUCAUCAGGACCCUGAGAAGAGGCCCACUGCUGAUGAGCUUCUGGAUUGUCCACUUCUCAGUAAGCGCAGGAGGGAAAUGGAGGAAAAAGUCACACUGCUUAAUGGGCCAACAAAAAGACCAAGGUCAAGUACUGCAAAUGAGACUCCCAUUGCAGUGGUUACAUCACGGACCAGUGAGGUUUAUGUUUGGGGAGGUGGAAAAUCUACUCCACAGAAGCUAGAUGUCAUCAAGAGUGGAUGUAGUGCCCGGCAAGUGUGUGCAGGCAAUACCCACUUUGCUGUGGUGACAGUGGAGAAGGAGCUAUACACCUGGGUGAACAUGCAAGGAGGCACCAAACUUCAUGGGCAGCUGGGCCACGGAGAUAAAGCUUCCUACCGACAGCCAAAGCAUGUAGAAAAAUUGCAAGGCAAAGCUAUCCAUCAGGUGUCUUGUGGAGAUGACUUUACUGUAUGCGUUACAGAUGAAGGCCAGCUUUAUGCCUUUGGAUCAGAUUAUUAUGGAUGCAUGGGAGUCGAUAAGGUUGCUGGGCCUGAGGUACUAGAACCCAUGCAGGUGGACUUCUUCCUUAGCCAUCCAGUGGAGCAGGUGUCCUGUGGAGAUAAUCACGUGGCGGUUCUGACACGAAAUAAGGAAGUCUAUUCAUGGGGCUGUGGAGAAUAUGGACGACUAGGUUUGGAUUCAGAAGAAGAUUAUUACACACCACAGAAGGCAGAUGUCCCUAAGGCCUUGAUUAUUGUCUCAGUUCAGUGCAGCUGUGAUGGGACGUUUCUGCUAACAGAGUCAGGCAAAGUGCUGGCCUGUGGACUCAACGAAUUCAACAAAUUGGGCUUGAACCAAUGCAUGUCUGGCAUCAUCAACCACGACGCUUUCCAUGAAGUUCCUUACGCAACCUCAUUUACUCUGGCCAAGCAGUUGUCAUUUUAUAAGAUCCGAACUAUUGCCCCAGGCAAGACUCACACUGCAGCUAUUGAUGAACGUGGUCGCCUAUUAACCUUUGGUUGCAACAAGUGUGGCCAACUUGGAGUGGGGAAUUAUAAGAAGCGCUUGGGAAUCAACCUAUUGGGGGGACCCCUUGGUGGGAAGCAGGUGAUCAGAGUCUCUUGUGGUGAUGAAUUUACUAUUGCUGCCACUGAUGAUAAUCACAUUUUUGCUUGGGGAAAUGGUGGGAAUGGCCGCUUAGCAAUGACUCCUACAGAUAGACCUCAUGGCUCUGAUAUAUGUACUUCAUGGCCACGACCUAUUUUUGGAUCUCUGCAUCAUGUCCCAGACCUGUCUUGCCGUGGCUGGCACACCAUUCUCAUUGUUGAGAAAGUAUUGAAUUCUAAGACCAUCCGUUCCAAUAGCAGUGGCUUGUCAAUUGGAACUGCUCAGAAUUCCACCCAAGGAGGAGGGGGUGGAAGAGAAGAAGAAGAAAGCCAGCAGGAAUCUGAGACUCCUGAUCCAAGUGGAGGUUUUCGGGGAACAAUGGAGGCAGACCGAGGAAUGGGAGAUUUAAUCAGUCCAACUGAGGCCAUGGGGAUCAGUAGUGUGGGCAGCAGUUCCUGCCCCGGCUGGCUGCGCAAGGAGUUAGAAAAUGCAGAAUUCAUCCCCAUGCCUGACAGCCCCUCACCCCAGAGUACAGCUUUUUCAGAACCUGAGAAAGAUACCCUGCCCUAUGAGGAGCUACAAGGACUCAAAGUGGCCUCUGAAGCUCCUGCAGAAUGCAACAAGUCUACAAGAGAAGCCUGGCUCCCCCAGCUUAAUCCAGUAGUAGUAGGAUGUGCUGGUAAGGGAGCACCAGUGGCUACUGUCUGUGUUUGUAGCAGCCUGCGGGUGGAGGUGGAAAGGCUAGAAGGCCUCGUGUUAAAAUGUUUGGCUGAACAGGAGAUGCUGCAGCAGGAAAAUCUCAAAAUUUGGACCCAGCUCCAAAGGCUCAAUAAGGAGACAGAAGGAGUGCAAAAGUUGGAGACUUAUUCCAAAGGAACUCAGACGGCAAAGGAAGAGAUGGAAACAGAUCCAAAACCUGACUUGGAUUCAGAGUCCUGGUGCCUUUUGGGAACAGAUUCCUGUCGGUCCAGCCUUUAGUGUCCUGAUCCUGUACAUCCCCAGUAAGAUGGGAUCCUUGCAACUUCACAGCAUAAUUACUGAAUGCAAAGAAAAGCUUUCCUGGCUUCAUUUCAGUUGCAGACAAGGAGCAAAGCAGGAGGCUCAGAAGUGCCUCCAGAGUACAGAUGGAGGGAAGCAUCUCCUUUUAGAUAGGAACUAGGAGUGUAUCAUUUGUUUAGUUUUAUUUUUUUAAGGGGGAAGGGCCCUGUGUCCCUGGCUUUGUCUUCUGUGACUACUGCAACAACAGCAGCUCUAUACCUCAUCUGUUGAUUCCACCUUUGAAGAAGAGAAACAGCCCUGCCUUGCUAUUUGCACUGGUAGCAGCUUGUAACCAUUUAUAAUUUUCACCACUUGUUGGGAGCUACCUUGAGAACUCAGCACUGAUCAUUGAACUUCUAGGUGGAGGAGGGGAAUGUGAAAAGCUUGAGAAAGCUUGUUAGGAGCUGGCUGGCUGGCUAUAACAGGGCCUCCAGUCCUGCCAAAGUCAGCUUAAAAGAUGGCAAAGUAUUCUGUGCCAUCUCAUAGAAUCUGAAGAAUUGUUUUAUAGACUAGUUUUUGGCUUAUUUUAAUAGAGUUGAAACACAUGCAGCUAAAUAUUUUUGGAGAAAAGAGGGUUUAGAUUGAUUUUCCUCUGAAAGUUGACUGAGAUUUCUCUGAUGAGAAUUGGACAAAGAAGGGCAGGCCUCUCCUUAUUACAUAGUUGUACUCUUAGCACAUAAUGCUAGAGCUUCUGCACUGUGGAUGAGGCAAGGAGAGAUUUUAUAGCCAUGAAGAGACCUCCUGAAGUGCUGUUACUUCUUUGAGUAUUGAAAAUAUUGGAGAUGCAAGAAUCUCUUAAGACUAAGUAGCAAGGGAAAAGAGGUCCUACAAUGAUAUUGUCCUCAACAGCUGUGUUUGGCUUCUUAGAAAGUGCUAGUGGCAGCCAUGGACCUUUCUCUUGUGAGGAGGCCCUUUCUUCCUUCUGCCUUCACAGCUUAAUUGUGUUCUGAUGUUAACAUCAGCACCACUAGCCACUGCUGUUCUGUGUCUAGUCAGUAUUUUUUUUUCCUUUGGUUCUUAUGAAGCCAUAGAAUAGCCAGUGAAUCCAUAUAUUUUCCUUAUUCAGUGGCUAUUAGCCAGCACCAAAGUUCCUUGAAUGCAUAACAAACCGAGUUAGAAGUUAGCAAAUGGAAGAGAUGGACAGGGAGUCCAUCCUCAUCUCUGACCUUUAUGUCUGUUCUGCCACUGUAGGGAGGAACAAGCUACCUUUCUCAGAAAGAGUUAAUUGUCUACAUUUUAUUCCUGAGUCCAGAUCUUAAACUCCAUAGGUUGUUUACUAUGUGUUUGCUGGUUUCCUUUAAAGGUAUGAACUUUAUAUUUCAGUUUAUGAAAAGUGUCAGUUUAUGAAAAAUGGAGUGUCUUGAUUUCACAAGUGCCUGCUUAUGGGUUUCAUAUCUACCUCCCUACAAUCAGCCACGUUGUUUUGUUCUUUUGUUUUCCCUAAACAAAAAGGUGAUAUUUGAUUUCUGUUUGGGGUUAUGAGAUGAAUUUGCUACCAGACAUACUUUUCUAGUCUUUUGGAAAUGGAUUUAAAGUCUAAAGCUUGGAAAAACCCUAUGGCUGGGGUUGGGGGUUUGGAAGAAGGGAGCAGCUGUGUUUAACGGGAGCAGUUGCAUUCUAUAUCAUGUUCCCAUUAUCUUUACAGUUAGGGGAAGCCAAUUAUAGUAGUACUAAUAUAAUCACUGUACCCUUUGAUUAAGGAAGGGGGCCAGCCCCAAAUUUAAGAAUAUAAAUUCUAGGAACUUAAGAUUUUUACAAAAACAAACAAACAUACAAACAGAAAACAACCCUAGUGGUGUGUUUUGUUUUAUCACAUAAAUACUGCCUUGAUUUGAAAGGGCUAAUGGGCCUUGCUCCUGUAACCUUUACUUUCACUGUCUCAGCAGGACUGGGAGGUGGGUUCUGGUUGGGAAUAAACCUCAAGCUUUGUUCCUGAAGGAGAAUUGAAGGACUUGGUCAUGUUGCUAAGACUGUGAGAUGUAAGUGAGCAUCAAAGGGAUAAGAGGCCUGCUCUUAACUCUGACAUUAAGUCAUUUUCUAGCAACACAACACUGGUCAUUUUCUAUAGUAUUCUGCCUUUGAGAAGACUUAGUUUCCUGUUCAUCUGGCUGAGAAUUUUAAGUUCUGUACCUUUAAAAACAAUUUGUAAUUACCCAAGAGAUAGAGAAACCUUAAUGGUUUUCACACCAACCAGUUAUGCAAACAAAAACCCAUUCAGAGUUGGCAGCCAUGUAUUGGAUAUCAUGCAGAGAGCAUGCAGGCAUAAGUGCCUUUAAAUGGUUCUUGUUCCCAAUGUCCUUUUUAUUUUGUCCUCUCUUAUUUUUCUUCUUUCACGACUAGAUGUGUAUUCAUUAAGCUUCCUACUAGUAUUGCUUUUGAGUUAUAACCCGAUUAAAACUUCUGCUCUGACACUUAAAAACUAGCUCAUCAUUAGCAUUAUGUUUGAAAGGAUAAAGGUGGAAUGGUUUGGCAUUUGUUUAAAUAAACAUAUUAACUCUUAAA